AUGGACUCUAUAAUAUUUGAAGACAAAACCCCGAACUGCAACGGGAAAGAGGCGAUUAAACCGAGCGAUCGUGACGUUUGGGUCCAGCUUGGUUUGUCUCUGGUCCUUGGCCUCACAGCAUUCAUCACAUUCUGCAUCUUGCGCCCACGAUGGCCGACCCUUUACGCCGCGCGCAAGCGCAGAUUGGAUCCCAAGAUCGGUUUGCCCGCCCUGCCGGAUACCUUUUUUGGAUGGAUUCCGGGCCUCUACCGCGUCACGGAGGAGCAAGUCCUCGCCUCUGCUGGCCUCGACGCCUUUGUCUUCCUUACCUUCUUUAAGAUGGCUAUACGUAUUCUGGCUAUACUCGCCUUCUUCGCGUAUACAGUUAUGCUACCCAUCAACACUGCGUACGCACCUGAAGAGACUUUCCCUACACCGAAACCAAAGCCUAGCAGUACUGCCACGGCCUCCAUCGCGAUGGCGACUAGCGCUCCGGAAGAUUACACCCACGACAGAGGUUUUAUUUGGGCUGCGAUGGACGACGACGACAAGAGUUUCAAGUCGGAAAAGAGCUAUAUCUGGGCGUGGCUGGCGUUUGGCUACUUCUUUACGGGCUUGACCCUCUACGUCUUGAACAAGGCAACCUUCAGAAUCAUUCAUGUUCGUCAGGAGUACCUCGGCACGCAAUCGACCAUCACCGACAGAACUUUUCGCCUUACUGGCAUACCCCGAAACCUUCGCGAUGAGAAGAAAAUCAAGAAGCUUAUCGAAAAGCUAGAAAUCGGCGAGGUGGAACACGUCAAUCUAUGUUGCGACUGGCGGGAGCUCGACUCGCUCAUUGCGCAAAGAGCGCAGGCUUUGGCCCAGCUUGAAGAAACUUGGAGCGUCUACCUCGGAAAACAAGCCGCGCUCCCCAAGUCUGUCCAGCGCCUUCGCGAUCCACAGGCCGAGCCUUCAGUCCUAGAGCAUCGAGAAGACGAAAUCGACCAAGAGGCCGGGGAAAACGGUGGAUUAUUGGGACACGAGAACAUCAACCCCGAGCUUGUCGAGAGACCGCGCCCCAAAGUGAGACUUUGGUACGGAAUUCUCAAACUCCAGAGUCGCAAGAUAGACGCCCUUGACUACUACGAGGAGAAGCUGCGACGCCUCGACGAUAGAAUCCGCGAGGCGAGAAAGAAAGACUUCACCCCGACCGACCUGGCCUUCGUCACGAUGGACUCGAUCGCCGCUUGUCAGAUGGCAAUCCAGGCUCGCAUCGACCCUCGACCUGGACAGCUUCUUACGAAGCCCGCACCCGCUCCGUCCGAUGUAAUGUGGCCCAACACAUACGCGCCCCGUGGGAUUCGUCGUAUCCGCUCUUGGAUCAUUACCAUCUUUGUCGCCGUCCUCUCCGUUUUGUGGUUGGCAGUUGUUGCGUCGAUUGCCAGUCUACUGAGUGUUUGCAACUUUAAGACAUGGUUCCCUGGAAUUGUUGGAUUCUUCGACCAGUAUCCGACCUUGCGUGCCUUGAUCGAGACCGGCCUACCGACGCUCCUCGUUUCGUUACUGAACGUGGCCGUGCCGUAUCUCUACGAAUACCUUUCAUACGAGCAAGGAAUGAUCUCCAAGGGCGACGUGGAGCUCUCCAUCAUUUCUAAGAACUUCUUCUUCACAUUCUUCAACAUUUUUGUCGUCUUUGCUACUUCCAACGCUGCUUUCACCAUUACCAACUUGGUCCGUCAGAUUCAGGAUGUGUGGAAGAGCCCUGCUACCCUGACAUCGCAUGUCGCCACGCAAAUCCAGGACCUCGGAAUAUUCUACAUCAACUUCAUUAUGCUUCAAGGCGUUGGCCUGUUCCCCUUUAGACUGCUCCAAGUUGGCAGCGUCUUCCUCUAUCCGAUCUAUCGAAUGGGCGCCAAGACACCCAGGGACUUUGCCGAAAUCAUGCAACCGACUGUGUUCAGCUACGGCUUCUACCUUCCGACGGCAUUGCUCAUCUUCAUGCUGUGCCUGUUGUACAGCACACUUUACUUUGGCUGGCUUAUUUUGACCGUGGGGCUUCUUUACUUCGUCCUUGGCUACUUCACCUACAAGUACCAGCUCCUCUAUGCGAUGGAUCAGCCUCAGCAUGCGACCGGCGGCGCCUGGAGAAUCAUCAGCUACCGCGUCAUUCUCGGUCUUUUCGUGUCGCAGUUGAUCCUUUCCAGUAUUAUGGCACUUUCGUAUGCCUUCUUCCAGUCUAUUGCCGUCUUGCCGUUGAUUGCAUUCACGAUUUGGUACAGCUUCUACUUCAAGCGUCGUUUUGAGCCACUUACACGAUACAUAUCCCUGCGAAGCAUUCGCAUCGAUAUUGACCCCGAGGAUGCUGCUGUGCUUGACGAAGACUUUGAGGGACCGAGACCUUCGCAAGGGUUGCUGAGACGCGGAAGCACCAUUGACGAAGACAAAGAAAAGGGCUUGACGUUUGCGAAUCCCAGCCUGACCUCUCGCCUCGAAGAGCCGUGGAUCUACCAGGAUCCGCCCCCAGUUCACAACAACGCGGAAGACGAAGAGAGCGGCCCGGAUACGGAGACACCAAACGCCCCCGAGAACACGGCCUCGGCCGCCUCGGACAGUACAAUGAGCCUGGGCGACACGCACAUCUGGCGGCAGCAGAGUGACGGCAACAAUCGCUAG